UGUAAUUGAAGUUUGUAAUGAGCUAAUUAUUAUGUCACGUAUGUACUUUUUGUGAAUUAUAAGUUAUCUCGUUAAAAAUAAAUUCGUGUUUCAGUUUAAAAACGCCGCCAAAGUGAAAGUAUUCUUGCAAAAAAUUGAAGUGAUAUGAUUGGUAUAAAUUUUGUAUGCCUUCGAGCCUGACCAAUAAGAAGCAUAGGAAUGCUUAAAGCUUGCGCAGUACGAAGGUAAAUCUAUAUUCCCAGCGAUUACCUCGUGCGGGCCGGCCAUAUUGCUUUGAAUGACUGAGUGAAUAACAGAGGGCUAAAGUAGCCAUAAAUAAAUCUUCCAACAUCUUAAAGUUGCGAAGACUUUUCCAAUAAUAGACCAUCAUGGAAAAUUCGUACGGAAUUGGGGUUGCCAAUAGGUAUGCUCUUUUUUUGGACGAUGAAUCAGAUCCAUUGGAAACUCUUUCUUUGAAGGAACAAGAGAAGGAACUCAAAAAAAAGAACAAGGUCGCCGAAAAAGAAAAUAAGGUGAAAACUCCAACUGUACCAAAAGGAAAACCGGCUCCGGCUCAAAAGAAACCCGUUAAAGACACUAACCAUAAGCCCCAGGAACUUAAACGCGACGAAACCAAACAAACACCAAGGAAUAACGCUGAUGGUAAACCUGAACGGGAAAGGAAUUUCAACAAAUUUAAUAACGAAAACCGCGAAGAAAGGAAUAACAGGAGAAACCGAGAGGACAGACCUUACAAUGGACCUUCCGAAAAUCGGGAACGUGAUGAUAGGCCAAGGAGAGAACCUGCGACUGGUGACAACUUUGAAAAUCGUACUCGUGACCGAGGAGAAAGACGAGAACCUCGCGAACCAAGGGAACCGCGUGAACCACGGGAACCGCGUGAACCGCGAGAGGGACGAGCUAUAGGAAACAAACCUGGCGGCCCUCGUGGACCUAGAAGGACUUUUGACGGAGACAGACGAGGCAAACGGGAAUUUGACAGACAAAGCGGAUCCGACAAAACCCAUGGUUACAGAGGAGUUAAGCCGAUCGACAAGCGUGAUGGCGGUGGUGCUCACAACUGGGGAUCACAUAAGGACGUUAUUGAGGAAGCUGACAGGCCUACGACUACUGAUGCCAAUGAAAGUUGGGGUGAUGAAGUUAAGAUUGAACAACCAGAACAACCACCACAGGAAAAGAAAGAGGAAGUAGAAGCUGAACCAACUCCUGUUGAAGAAGAACCAAAAGAAUUGACCUUAGAUGAAUGGAAAGCUCAGCGUGCUGGCCGUGUUAAGCCAACAUUCAAUAUUAGGAAAGCUGGAGAAGGAGAGGAUCCGAGCCAAUGGAAGAAGAUGUUUGAACUUAGGAAAAAGGAGAAGGAUGAGGAAUCGGAAGAGGAAGAAUAUGACGCUUCAGAAUAUCCCCAACGGGUUGGACGACAAAAAUAUUUACUGGAUAUCGACAUUCAAUUUUAUGACAGUGCUCGCAGGGGCGGCGGACGUGGAAGAGGACAAAGAUCUGGUGGUCCGAGGGGUGGCAGCCGUGGCGGCGGCGCCGUUGGUGGUCCUGGCGGUGGAGUCGGUGGCGGCAAUCGCGAGGAACGCAGAGACCGUGGACCCAAUGCCGCUGACAGUGAACGCCGUCCUAGAGAAGGGGGCGACAGAGCAGAAAGACGUUACCAUAAUGAUGCUCAGGUAAAAAAACAAGGUGACGAUAGGAGUGGCGAGGCCCGUCAAGCUCCAAAGGUCGAUGACGAACGUGAUUUUCCCUCUCUCGGUUAAGUUGGAAGGAAGCUGAGUCGGUCCUGAUUUCUUCAAUUAAUGAGCGAUUGGAUAGGGGGCGACAUCAUCACAAUAAAAAUAAACUGUAUAUUACAAUUUAACUACUUUGUUACGUCGGUACAAAAAUCUGUAUCCUAGACAAGAACAGGUCUUUUAGAUUAUUCCAGCAAGUUUUUCAAAUAUCUAUUUCAGUGUAGACUGGAGCACCCGAAUUGUAAGGGUGGUGAUUACUAGUCAGUGUUACGCUGCAUUGUUAACAGUUUCGUGGCUGCUCAUAAUAAAUAG